AUGUCAUUAUUUUCAGAUGAUGACUCAAAGGUUAUGCAGUUUACACCUUUCACAUUUGAACCUCCACCGAUAGACUAUUCACAGUUUGAAGGUGUUAGUUCAUUCCCCUCUUCAACACAAUUCUACGAGGAAUCCGCAAAUUCUGAAACUUUCUUAAAGGAAAACGUGCUCACCAAGGGAAAAGGAAGGCAAGCGGAAGGAUAUGAACCUAAUAUAAAGACUCAGAAGCAAAUUAUGUACCUUAACCCACCUCUUGUUUACGAUCUGGACUAUUGGUCUAAUUCGAAUCAAGGUACUGGAGUUAAGUUUCACCCGACUCGUUCAGAAGAUUUUACGUGUUAUGUUUUUGGAAAAGAGCCAAUUGAGAAGGUUAAGAAAGAGGGUUACACUUUGGAUACUCGCGUUUAUAAUUGUUCUUUGGCAAAUGAUAUAGACUCUCGAAGAGUAUUUUACAAUGAAACGUUUUCUAUUUUUCGAGAGGCAUCUAGAGCAACAUCAAGUAAAGAAUGGCGCGAAAAAUCAUCGCGGGAAAAAUUAUUAUGUGAUAUUUCAUGGAGUUAUGUAAACGCCAUUGUAAAACACAUCAAGAUUCUUCAAGAGAAUCCAAAUAAAGAUGAACAUAUUCAGAGAGAGCUCAACACAUUUAGAGAUAUGAUGGCCAUUUGGGAAUUAUGUCGAAUUAUGUAUUUCAUUAAAUCUGAAAGAUAUCAGAGAUUAUCAACGGAUCUAGUGACUUGGUUAAAUGAAUGUUAUCCUAUGGGAGCUUUAACAGAAGAGGAAUUGAAUGAAGUAAGGGAAAGUCCUAAUCUGCGAAAUACCGUGGUUUUCUGGUCAAGAUUAUACAAAUUAAUCCUUCGAGGCUUGUUUCCGCAAGCGAUUAAUUUUCUAAGAAGUAUACUUAUUCCGGUUGAAAGUGAUAAAUACAUUAAUAGAGAGAUCGUGAUCAACGAUAUCAUACAAUCGGUUAUAAAAUGUAUAAAGUCUAGACCAAAAAUUUCUUCACAUGAUACAGACUUGGCCUGGAGAAAUUGGCUCUCACAGUGUUCGUGCGUACAAUGUUUAACACUGCAAAAAUCGAUAAUCCUGGAAAAUAAAUUUUUAGAGGAGAGUUUUGUUAAGAUUUUGAAAAUAUUAGCUGGUGAUCCUGAUGCUAUUUUAAGCAAGAGCUCUUCAUGGUUGGAGGGGUUGAUCUCUCUAAUUUAUCAUAAAUAUCCUAGAUGUGAUUCUUCAGAUAUAAAAGCCAUAUUAGGGCCAAUUUUCGUUAGGUUUUCCGUAUAUCCUGACGCCACUAGCCAAGUCUUAAAACGGAUUUUUUAUCAACGUAUUGAUGAAGCAUUAGGUUAUUGCAAAUAUAUCGAUUCGUGGUUAUUAUCGCAUUUACUGGAUUUACUUUGCAAGGUCGACUUAGAUGAGAUAAUAGGUGGAAAGAGCUUGUAUCCUUUAGUUAAAGAAUCAAUGUCUUCCUUAACGAAAAUUGAAUCUCAAUGUCAUAGCCGUGAACGAUGUUUAAUUAACUUUGCAGAACCAUUAUUAACACAUUCUACGUUAUGGCAGAUCGGAUUUAAAUAUCUGGAACAUUGCGAGAAAUACGGGAAAGUAUAUAUAGAAGAAUUUAUUGGAAAGGUUCCCUUUGAUAACGAGAGAAAAUUUGAAAAAAUAUUGAAAAUUUGUGAAGAUAAUGGAUUAAUAUUUGACGAGAAGUGUAUUACCACGGCUAUGGGUACUAAAUACAUGCAGAUAAAGAGAUAUGGCUCAACCAUGAUUUAUUAUAUGCGAGCAGGAAAAGAUGAAAACCUUAAAACAAUUUGCAACAUGUUUCUAACACAAUAUGUUGAAACUGGGAAAAUUACUUUUGAAGAAGUCAUAGAUAGUAUUCCCGUUGAUAAGGAUUCUAAUGAAUCCGUUAAUUUUUUGUCAAGAUAUAGAUUGUAUCAUUCUUUAAUCCAGGACGAAUUUUUUCAUCAAGCGGCACAAGUGUUAGUCGAGUGUUUACGCUCCGAAAUAUCGCCAAAAGAAUUUUGGGGUGUAUUAUUAUUUCACACGGUACCUUUAAUGAAGCACGGACGAAGAAAAGAAAUCAAAUUAUUCGAGAAGAUACAUAUUGACGAAUUCGAACAUUAUUGUACUCGAGUACUUGACAGAAAAAUAGAGGAUUCUUGGAUAAAGUUGGUGCAAAGGAUGAAAAGGUGGCAUUAUAAAGAGUGUGGCUAUUUUAACAUUUCGGAAGAUUUGAAGCCAGUGAAGAAUGAAUGUGAAAGAUAUAAGAAAUUUUUAAGCAAGUUGAAGAGAUAA